UAGGUUCGUCCUUUAAUGUACUUCUUUGAAGAACAGUUGAUAUAGAUAUAAUUUCUCACUACAAACGAUUUGUCACAAACAGAAGAUGGCUCGUUUUCUUUUCUCCCCCUCUCUGUUGGCGACUACAGGAGAUCUGAAGAUGGUUCGUUUCCUUCAGCGCUUCGUGUUGACAACAACACUUUCUGGCUACUUUUAAGGCUUCCACGACCACUUGAGUUUCUUCUUGUCCUCUGCGCAGGCGCUCCCACUCCUAUCCUAUCCUAUUGUAUCAUCCUGAGAGCAGGUGAGUAUCUUACGCUGACCCCUCGUAACAUCAGCCCUUUUUUCAAGUGAACGAAGGUAGGAAAGGAACACGCCAAAGUAAGACGCGACUCUCUAGAAGAUGCAAGGAGAACUUUUAUUUAAUUGUAUUAGUGAUCUUCUAGUUAGGCGUGCUCCGCCGGUUUUAUUAAUGAUCUUCUAGUUCUAAGACUUCGCGUUUGCAGCUCCUGCAACUAUCCAGGGUUAUUUCCCUGCUGACCCUGGUUUCAAUGCAAACACAGACUCUCGAUUGAACCGAGGACCCGGAC